ACGCAUUCCGUGCGCCGGAAGUGUGGGCUGUGCACUCACGGCUCUGUUAUGGCGGCAGUCACGGCGCGCUGGAAUCAUGUGUGGGUCGGCACCGAGACUGGCAUCCUGAAAGGGGUGAACCUUCAGCGAAAGCAGGCGACAAAUUUCACGGCGACGGGACAGCCGCGGCGCGAGGAGGCGGUGAGCGCCUUGUGCUGGGGCGCGGGCGGUGAGACCCAGAUCCUGGUGGGCUGCGCGGAUCGGACGGUGAGGUACUUCAACACUGAGGACGGCCUGUUCCAGGGCCAGAGGCAUUGCCCUGGCGGGGAAGGCACGUUCCGAGGCCUCGCCCAGGCCAGCGGCACCCUCAUCACGUGUGUGGAUUCUGGAAUCCUCAGAGUCUGGCAUGACAAUGAGAAGGAGGCAUCUUCUGAUCCACUCCUGGAACUGAGGGUGGGUCCUGGGGUGUGUCGGAUGCGCCAGGACCCAGCAUACCCCAAUGUGGUUGCCACAGGUGGGAAGGAGAAUGCUUUGAAAGUGUGGGACCUGCAGGGGUCUGAGGAACCUGUGUUCAGGGCCAAGAAUGUUCGUAAUGACUGGCUGGAUCUGCGAGUUCCCAUCUGGGAUCAGGAUAUACAAUUCCUCCCUGGGUCACAGAAACUUGUCACAUGCACAGGGUACCACCAGGUCCGUGUCUAUGAUCCAGCCUCCCCCCAGCGCCGGCCAGUCCUAGAGGCCACCUAUGGAGAAUACCCAUUGACAGCCAUGACCCUUACUCCUGAGGGCAAUUCUGUCAUUGUUGGAAACACUCACGGGCAGCUAGCAGAAAUUGAUCUUCGGCAAGGGCACCUACUGGGCUGUCUAAAGGGGUUGGCAGGCAGUGUACGUAGUCUGCAGUGCCACCCUUCGAAGCCCUUACUAGCUUCCUGUGGCUUGGACAGAGUCUUGAGGAUACACAGGAUCCGGAAUCCACGAGGCCUGGAGCAUAAGGUAUAUCUCAAGUCUCGGCUGAGCUGCCUCCUCCUGUCAGGGAGGGAUAACUGGGAGGAUGAGCCCCAAGAGCCUCAAGAGCCCAAUAAGGUGCCCCCAGAAGACACAGAGACAGACGAGCUUUGGGCAUCCUUGGAGGCGGCUGCUAAGAGGAAACUCCCCGAUUUGCACCAUAGUCAAGGGGCUCUCCAAACCAGAAGAAAAAAGAAGCGGCCUGCCACCAGCCCCUGAAGACCUUGUGCUUAUUUUGUGCCGAAGAAAUAGAUGUGGACUCUCCAGGCUACCGGAAUCGCAAGUCCAACGACAGCCUUCUGAUCACGGUUCUGUGGCGCCGAC